UUGGUCCUUGGCUGCAUGGUCCCCCUUUCGCCCGAAGGGCUGCGGAGGAGGUGGUCGGAUGAGGAAUCUCUCCGCAAGGUCAACCGGCCUGACGUCUGCGCUGCUGCUGCGGCGGCGCCGGCGGCUGCAGCCGGUUCCUCCAGCCUGCUGAGAGAUUGAUGCAAAGAGAGUUGUCUGUAUUCUUUCAGUCUGAGCAUAUUUUAGAAAGAAUUUGUAACUGACACUGCGUGAAUUUGCCUGGAAUUUGUACCGUGUUACAUUUCCAUGGGGACCGUACAAGAUCCACUGAGAUCUACUAAGCUUUCAUUGGUCACAGCUGAAGAAUCUCCUAAACACCAGUGCAAGCAGGCAAGCAUAGAAAGCAACAGUAAUGGAUAUGCUUUUACUGCCAAGGACCAGCCUUCUGAAGAAUGCUUGCUUGAAGUGAACUCUGGCAGAGAAGCCAGUGUUCCAAAGAGUGAGUGGCAUUGUGAAUAUGACACCAAGCGUCCAGACAUGUUUUCUCCUGGGUCCUUCAGCUCUUCCAAAGAAGGCAGCAUAGCAGCUCCAGAACCAGUAAGUUAUGCUAAGCAGGAAGGCUUCAGAGCCAAAGUCCAAGCCCCAACACUUGAAGACCACACUUCAAUGCAUAGCGCAGUUAAAGUGUCUCCUAUCCAGGAGGCUAACAAAAAUAUUCAAAAUGGUAGUGGACAAUCUUAUAAUGUAAGUGAAAGGACAACCACGCUCUCUGGAGGAGAUUGUGAUGUUGUGGAGAGCAAAUCCAAGGAUUACUCUAUUCUUCCUUCUCCUCCUAUUUAUUCUGAUAUCCAGCAAGCAGCUCCUGCAGGGAAGGAAAAUGUGGAUGAAAUUAUUGUCUCUGAAAACAAUCAAGUCUUGGUUUCAACAGAUGAGUUGAGUCUCAGUCUGAAAGCCCCUGUUUGUGUGGAAACAGAAUUGGGUACAAAGAAUGCAAAUAUCUGUCCUAAGACUGAGCCACAGACUGUACCCGAAUUGAACCCUGAGAGCACUACAGAGCCUUCAUGUAGUUAUGAGCCUACAGCAAAGGUAGUACCAGAGCUCUCCAAAUUCAAAGACACAGGUACAAUGACAGUAAAGCCUGAGGACAGAACUGUAGAUGUGGAGGCAAUAAGCAGAACUCAUCAAGAUGCUGAGGUUCAGGCUGUAGCUAGUGUGGAAAGCAAGUCAGCUUCUACCAGUCCAAGUAUCUUGACUGCAUUCUUAAGAGAGAACAUGUUUUCUGAGGCAAAGCAGGACCAAGAUCAGUUGCACAUUAUUUACAUGGGAGCUAGAGGGAAAGAGCAACCUGAAAUAAUUGAUGACUUUGCAGCACCUGUCCAAACACCUCCAUCUAUUGGUGUCACGCAUGAGGUCCAUAUUCAAAUACCAGCUAUAGUAGAUACAUCGCUGGGAAAUCCUACUGUCAAACUUCAGGGGAACCUCACAAACACACAUGAUCCAAUCUGCUCAGUUUCAUCAGAUAAGGCAGAAGGGAUGUGUCCACUGGCAUCUGAUAAUUCUCAAGAAAUGUUGGCCAAGAGGAUAGAAGUGGAAAUGACAGACAUGGCUAAAAAUAGUAGUGAUGUUGCACAGCAACUGUCAGACAGUUCAGUUUUGCAGAAAACAAGACCCAUUUACCAAAUUAGUGUCAGUCCUAGUAAUCAGCCUGUGUCUACCCAGCAGCCUACAAACCUUGAUACUAAACUACCUCCAUGUUUUUCAGUCCCAGCAAGUGACAGCAAAUGUCAGCACUCUGAGCCCUUUACACUCCAAGGAAAUCAUUCUCCCUUGUGUCACAGAACAUCUGAACAAGCCAAGGCUGUAGUCAACACUGUGGAUACUGAGGGGACCCAUCAGGAGGAACAGCUGCAAAUCAAGACUGUUGGUAACUUUGAGAUGGAUUUGCCUAGUUUCUCCAUUGAUGUAAAUCCAAAGAGAGAAGGAAAGGUCCAUCUCAAACCUGAAGAACAGAAGAUGAAUAAGACAGGGUCUACUGUUGGCUCCCAAACAACGAGUGCUGCAGUUGUAGCAGAAAGCAAGCAGGAUAUGGAUGCUGGGGAUACCAAGGCAGAAACUUUGGUCAAUCAGAAUCCAGCAUCUGAGAUGAGUAGAUGUUUUGCCCCUGCUGUAGGAAUCAAAAAUGAUGAAAUCCAGAAGGGUCCAGUGCUUGAUGUACCAAUUGCUCCUACUUCUUCAAGUCCCACACCAAGCCUUGGUGAAAAGAAGAAAAGAUCCAAGGCUGUCACUGCUGAGGCUAAAGUACAUCUGAAGCAAUCCAAGCGUGUCAGGGAUGUUGUAUGGGAUGAACAGGGCAUGACCUGGGAGGUUUAUGGAGCAUCCCUAGAUCCAGAAUCAUUGGGAAUUGCUAUCCAGAACCACUUGCAGAGGCAGAUCAGAGAGCAUGAAAAACUGAUUAAGGCUCAAAGCUCCCAGGCCCGUAAAUCAAUUUCUUCAGAUUCAUCUUCAAAUAAAAAACUGAAAGGGAGGCAUCACAAUGUUUUUCAUUCCAUGCUGCAGAAUUUUCGACGCCCAAAUUGCUGUGUUCGCCCUGCUGCUUCUUCUGUGUUGGACUGAAAAAAAAUCAGGAAUGAGGGUGGGAAACCAACGCAUCCAUUUGUGAGCGUUUGUGUACUGGUACAAGGAACUCUAUAGAAAUCUGAGAUUCUAAUACAGUGAUGCAGGGUUCAGGGGAGAGGAAAUUAUGACAGUAUAUUUUAUUCCCACUAGUUAACACAUCUUCAUCCAUCUAAUUUCUGCAAAUGGCACAUGGAACACUCAUGUUCAUGUAGAAGCCCCCAGUCAGUUGCCAAAUAAAAUAUGAGCACUUAGUGAAGCACAAUUCAGAACUGUCAGUUUACAUAAGUAACUGAAGAAGCCAAGUAGCUUUAGACAGGAAGAGAGGGAUGGCUUGGGACUAUUUUUUAAAAUCUAAAGCUAUGUGACUAGAUCUUAAAUAGACUGUUUUAUUUUAUUUUAUUUUUUUCAUGAGAUAAUGUAGCAAAACAUUCCCAAGCUAAGGGGGGAAAGAGAGAAAGUUGGGCUGUGUUCAAGUAGAUAAAAGGAGUGGUGUUUUCUUAACUACAUAAAUAAAGUUGAGACUCAUCUAUACAUAACAUACAGGACUUAGUGCCCAAACCCUUCCAGUCGAGUUUUUCUGUAGGCCAUUGGUGCUUAGUCUCAAAUGAAAGGAACAUAAGUCUCUAACUACGCACAUGGUUCAGAGACACGUUUUCUCUAAGAAUUUGGGACUUGUGUGUAUUCAUUCACAUGUUGAUUUUUCUUUUUUCUUUUGUGCCUUGUAUUCUCUAAUGAUUUCUUUCUCAGAGAAUGGAUGAACACACACACACACACACACACACACACACACUUCAUAUAAUAUUAAAGAAAAUGAAGUGGAUGGAAAUUUAGAGUGGAUUGGGGAAAUUAAGAAUCGGUAGAAUCUUUUACAGUUUCUUCAUGCGCAUACUUCCAGCCUAUUAAGAAGGUGAAGAUUUGCCUGCUGCAAAGAUAUUGUCUGUCUGUUUCCUGCCACUGCUUGUUUUGUCUGAGGGGAAAACAAUUGCAUUUACAGAAAAAUUUUCAAAUCAUUGUACAGUGAACCAGGAACUUACUGGUCACUGGUUUAAUUUCUCAUGCAGAGUUAUGACAUUGCUGCAUAUUCUAGCCUUUCCAAAUAUUUUGUGCCCUCCAGGUGCACUGGAUUAGAAAUCCUGGGUGUUGAGAUUCCAACAUUUUGAGUGUUCAGGGUUUGGAGAAAGCUGUUCUAGAACAAGGGCUUUUAUCUUGUUUGAGAAAGGAGAUAAGGGUUGCUCUCUCCCUCCUGUUUGUAUUUUCCUUGGUACAAAAGCACCAGUCCCUGACUAUUUGUCAUGCUUGAAGCUGUGCCUGGACCCUUGUGUUGAUUGUUACUGCUAAGCUGAGUACUGCAGUUGGCUAUAUAUAUAUAUAUAUUUCAGCAUAGUAUUUCUCUGUAGAUGUUCCUAGAGGUAUUUGUGGGCAAACAGCUGUUUCUAGCUUCAGUUCUAAGAUGGUCACUUAUGCGUGUCACCAAAAAUGUGAUGCACAGGCCAAUUUAUAAAUACAGAUGCUAAUGUAAAAACAGCUGCUAUAACUGAAAGAGAAAUAUAAUACAAUUCAGCAGAAUAGAGAAAGGUUGUGAUCAUGUGUGACUUUGGAGUAUGCUCCAUUUACUGGCUGGAUUUUAACUGCUGAUGGGUAACUUCAACCUAUCCUGUGUUCUUCCUUCUUGUGUUUUUUUUAAAUCUUUAAACUGGAUAAACUAGAGAGUCCAUCAAAUAGAGAGGUGAUAUUAUCAUUCACAUUGCCAGUUUCAGUUCCCAGAAUUACCAGGGGUAGCAGGGGGAUGCAUGUUCAUCAAGAUAAGAUGUGGAAAGGGUCUCAGUUGCACAUAGUAGGAUGUACUCAUAUAAACAGGUUUUAUCCCAGUUCUGAAAAUGUUUGCAGUCUUACAGCCUAGCUUCUACAAACUAGUAGUUGUACCCCACAAAAGGGUUCAAUAGCUAUAGUUGUGUAACAGAGCUCUGGAGGUUAAGCUGAAAAAGAAAAAUACAGGGGAGAUUUUGAUCACAGUGUCCAUAUCAUUGUCCAGACGUUACCUCACCAUUUUAGAAAAGCAGAAUUUUUAAUCAUGGUAAUUCUAAUAAUACUGUUCAGUGGUGGUGGUGUUUGUUUUUUCCAAGAUCAGAAGUUGCAAACUGAGACUCUGUAGCAGAGUCUACUUAAGCAAAGUAGAUAAGAUUUCAGGUACAAAAUCAAUAAUUUCCAGUCAAAAGUCUGUCCGAUAAAAUUUUCAGGGCGAAACUACAAGCUGAGAGAAAUAGAUGACUGCUGCCAAAAGUGUAAUUUCUGUGUUGGAAUGUUUUCCUUUCCUUUUCAUUAUGACAUCAUUGUGACAUCAUCCCCACUACAGUUCCAUGGCUUGUAAAAAUACAGAAAUGCCAUCAUGUCAGGAAGGAAGGCAUAACAUUGUAAUGUCAAAUAUUAUUGUAUUAUAAAUGUUAUUGCACUGUAAGAGUAAGAGAAGAAGAUCCCAGCCAAAAUUAUUUCCAAUUUGGUAGAAACCCUAUGUUGCUUAUAAUAGGAAGCUCUGGUAUAAUUUCAUUAAUCCUCCAAUUCCAUUCCCUCCUCCCCAAUUAUGUAUCUUUGCUCAGAGGUCCAUUAACCAAAACAGCUUGAAUAUCCAAUAUCACCUGCACAGAAAAUUAUCUCUAAAAAAAUACAGAUAUAAUGGUAUGAUAAUAAGAUCCACUUGGAAUAUAUUUAGUAAAACAUAGAACAAAGUUUUGGAAGUUUCUCUACAUAUUGAUUAAAGCUAACAAAGCUAACAGAGCUAAAAAUAGAAGUUAAAGGAAAUGGCUCUGUAAAUAAACUACAAAGUUCAUUUUUUAACCACAAUUUAUUGGACAAGACAUGGUCAACAGCAGGUUGGGGCAAAUACAAGCAACAUUAUAGCUUCAUUGGAUGUGUAAUCUAGGCCAUUAAAUUUAAAUGAGUUGAAUCCCUGAAAAGGCAGUGACUUUAAGGCAACAUAAAUCUCAGGGAUUUUUAUGACUUUGGUGGUUUGCUCCACUGCCUAAUAGUGAUGAAAAACUAUGCUUCUAAUCAGACCUUUUUUGGAAAGAAAUGAAUGGAAAGAAAAGAAACAAAUAGUAAUCACCCAUUCUCCCAAUUUUAACCAAUUCCAUAUUCCAUUGAUUUCAGUAGGGAAUUAAGCAUGCAUGUUACCCAUUUCUGCUGAAAUCAAAUACUAAAAAUUAUUUCUUUGGACUGAGCUAUACCAUAACAUGAAUGUAAAAACAUGUUUUCCAUUAUCUUCCUCCCUGUUAUGGAAAAAAAUAUGCUUAAAUGUGAUCAUUUGUGACCAUCAUGUGUAUGGGCUUUCAACCAUCAUCAUUAGAGCUUUUGGAAUGUACAUCUUAUCAAGCCUUGCUUUAUUGUUUGUCUUGCAGCAUGAUAAACUCUUCUGGCAGGGCAACACACACAAUAGCUAUGGCAGGAAAUUUCUUGAAAGGCAUUCCAGUUCUUCAACCUUUCCUUGAACGAUGUACUAUAAACCCAAACAAAAACAGCUCUGUUGCAUUUUUUAAUCAAAGAACUGAGCUUUUAUCAUUGUAUUUUGCACAGAUACCUUUUGGGAAGAUUUGUGUGAUCUAAUUUUUGACUUUAGCCAUUGUGACUCCUGGCAAUCUAUAACUUAAGUAUAUGGACAAAGCCAAAAAAAAAAAAAAAUAGAAGUUAAAGGGAAUGGGUACGUAAAUGCCUGGAAAAAAAGAUGAGUAUCUCCCCACUUUAUUGAGUUUCAGUCCUGUUGAGCUUGAUAGGGCUUAUUUUUGAAUAGAUGUGCACAAGAUUCUCAUGCUGGCUUGAAAUUAUACAUUUGGAGGUCAUCAUAUUAGAAAACAGUUUAUUAUAAUAUACACAAAACACGGUUGCUUAUUCACAAAAGGAUCAAAGUUAAACUUAGUCAGGUCCUAUUCCCUUAAAUGGGCUUCAAACCACCAAUAGGAAAUGGAGGUCCAUGUAUUACACUGUAUCUUUAUCUGGUCCUCUAUGCAAAUAUGAGAAAGUUCAGUGGUUAAUAGAAAUCCCAGGGUUCAAUCCCUGCCAUAUCAGCUGAAAUACUAGAUACAGAAUAGGGGAAAUUCCAAGGCUGAUACCUUGAUGAUCCAGUUUGAGUUAGAGCAGACAAUGUUGGUCUAGAUCAGGGUUUCUCAACCUCAGCAACAUUAAGAUGUGUGGACUUCAGUUCUCAGAAUUCUCCAACCAGCAUGGCUGGCUGAAGAAUUUUGGAAGUUGAAAUCCACACAUCUUAAAGUUGAUAAGGCUGAGAAACUCUAGUCUAGAUAAACACACACUCAAAUGUAGUGUAAAAUAGCUUCCUAUGAUCUUGAGCUGAUAUGAUUCAUUAACACAACAGUUCUAUAUGGUGAUAAAAUUAUGCAGUAUAACAUGGAAAUUAUGGUUGGUAAUAUAUUAUGGAAAAGUACAUGAUCAUUGGCUGCUCCUCAUAACAGCUGUAUAUUCCCUCCAGCACUGAAGGCAAUUCCCCAGUUUUUGGAAAAGACAGGUCAGAGGAUGCUAUUACACCCACGUCUUCACAGGAGGCCAGGAUGGAAACAGAAUACUAAGUUAGAUAAGCCUCUCCAUGUUACCAACAGAGCUGAGGUUCUUAUAGCUAUAAUGCUGUCACUUUUGUUCAUUUAUUCUAUUAAAUUUGACUGCUUUUGUGUGCUUAAUAAUUAAAGAGAUUUUUAAAAAAUCGAGCCAUUUUAGCAACCUCCGUGUAAAUCAGUGUUAUUCUUCAGGUGAACCAGAUUUUUAGGAGUCAUUUGUAAAAAAGCAGUUAUCUGGAAGGGUUCUUCUUGAAAGCAGCAGAGGGAAAUUUUACAUUAAGGAGCUAAAAUCUGGCUUGUGUAUUGUAAUUUGAAGAGUAUGCAACAGCAAUAAAUGUUAUUGAAAUCAAUGGGAUUGGCCCCUAAACUGAGAAACAAGAUAGGGGUAGGAUUCCUAUUCCUACUGUUGUUGUUUUUUUCUUGUUGAUCCUGAUCCAGUUUAAUAGCAAUCCUUCUGUUAUGUCAUAGAUAUAAAUGGUGCAUUUUGUAUCCAGAAAAGGAAUCAUUCGCAAUUAUAAGGUUAGAUCCUGACUGUUUUAUUAGAAUUUCAGCAUGUCAAGUUAGUGGGGACUUGGGCAAAAUGACCACAGGGACUCUCCUAUUCCUAAGUAUUACACUGCCAGUUUCUAUUCCAUCCUGUCCCAAAUUUUCUUCCCCAAAUUCUAUUUUUUUAACUUGUAAACAUUUUUCUGUGAAGCUAUAGUCAUGACCAGUUUCUUCAUGAUAUCUGAAGAUAUCUGAGAAAGAACAGCUUCUUUAAAAAGAAAAGAAAAGGCAUGGAUGCCAUUGCAUUUGGGAAUCCUUAAAGUACCUUGUAUAUGAUUGCUAUACAUGAUCUCUUCCUAGCCUGCUUUAGCAAUCUGAAGAAAGUUGCAGACAUGUACAAUCUUCACCAACUUCCUAGGGUCUCCUGUUUUCCUUCCACAAUAAAGCAAUACAUCUCUAUGAUAGUUUAGCCUCUGUUAGCAUAUAUAGUCUUCAAAUAUUUGUGGGGUCUCGAUUGGCAAAUUUAGUCAGUCACUGAAUGCUUAAUUCAACAUCUUCUUAGCUUUACAUUUUGCUCUUUUCCCAAACUGUCCCUUUUUAUUCAGUUCCACCCUGGAUAAAUGUUUGAUAACUGAAUUGCCAUGUAUGGGAUUUGUCCUGUUGAUGAAGUCUGUACUCUUGACACUCUUCUGUUGUCCAAAAUGUGAACUUUAUGUGGAUUGUUUGAAUAAUAGUAAAUGUUGGUGGUAUUGUUAGGUAAGAGUUGUUGAUGCUUGACUUCUCUUACCACCUCUUGUCAUACUGUUGGCACCAAAAUGUCUUUGCAGCUGUCUCACAUUCAGAAGACCUACUGUUUCUUAAUGUUUAUUCUUGUGUCUUCAGAUGCACUGUUUUCAUCCAAAUUGUCCCCAUGGAUUGUGAAGUGGCAUCCGUAAAAUAAACUUUUGUCAUUUUCUUCCACAUUUUCUCUUCAGGAUAAGGCUCUGAAUCUUGAGUACUUUGAAGAGAUUUUCUAGUGAAAAUUUAUUACAAACCAAUGACUGUGAAUUGCUUAUAAUGUGCCAGAACAAUAGAAGAAAUAAACAGCAAAAGACAUAUAUCCAGAUAUAGAUGGCCUUGAAGUGCACGACAAAAUCUGGAUGCCUCCUUUUGCCUCCCUCUUCUUUUACAACAAAUACUGGCUUUUCAGUAAUGGAUGAAACCAAGUAUGGAUUUAAAAAAGAAAAAGACAAAAAAAAAAUGGACUUCUUUGACCUUGAGGAAAUGGGAACAUUUGUCUUAAAGAUUCUGCAAUUCAACCCAAACACCUCUAAUUAUAGUGUUUCCAAUACAUAGAGAGAUACCUAAGUAUUUUAAGAACUGAGAAUGACUGAAGAAAUUAAAGGCAAAGCUUCCAGGUACUUGACUUCAUGUAAACAGGCAGAGCAAUUGAUAAGGGUACACCUAUAGUAUAAAUGUGUGUGUUUUUAGGGAAAAAAAAAAACUUGGGACUCAUAGUGACAAUACAAUGGGCACAUAAGCCAAAUGCAUUUGCUGUUGAGCAAUAAUGUGCCCUGGAUUCUCCUUGAUGUUCCCCUCAAAAGUCCAUAACACCAGCACAUUUCAUGUUAUGAGAUAUUACUCUUUAUUUUUGAGGACUUUGCUGUGUGAAUUCAGAAUAUAAGCAGCUUUAGUAGCCUGUAUUAAUAAUUAUUAACAAUGGUCAAUUCCUCUGGGAUAUCUGUGGGGGAUGUAUGUCAAAUAACAAAUGUAAAAAGGGACAGCACUUUGCAUGGUACCUGCCAUCUUCUUGAUUUUUUUGCACACCUACACACACACACCCCAAGACACUUCUGCUCCUCCUCAUGACCAGAGAGUUGGUAAAAGAAAUCCCAGUUUCAUAUCAACAACCCAUUUCUAUCACAACAAGAACAUUUUAGCAGUCUUAGAAGAUUAUCUGAAUCGUUAGACUUUUGCCUUAUAAAAAUUAUCCAUUAAAUUCUAUUUAAACUGUUAAAAGUAACCAUCAGAAAUGCAAACAUAUACCUAGCCCUUACAGAUGAACCAGAAUUGAUGGAAAUUUUGUUUUAAGUAGGCUUUCAAUGACAAAUCCCAAUUUUAAGUCUCUUGAGUGCAAAGAUUUGGAGCGGGUCUAAUGUUUGUGUCUAACAGACACAAACACGUGCAAAUGCAAACUCAUAGCCUAACAAUACAUUGGAGUAUUAAUAGCACUCGGUCCCAGCAUCUGGUUUAUGCCGGGAUUUGACCCGACUGACCUGACCUGCCAAGGAUCCAGUCCAUCUCCUGAAAAUGAGAAGGCUUUUAGGCUGCUAAAGCUGCCUUACGUUCAUGUAGCUGUAUUCUUUUUAUAUAUUAACAGGGAAAAUCACUGACUGAUGUGCUAUACCAAACAGCUAACUUUAGCUUGAAGCUGUACCGUAGCAUUUAUUUUGGAUAUUAUCUUUAAAACAUGCAUGUGAGAACCGGUUCUAUAAUAAUAUACCAGAGUUAUAUUAUUGGUUUGGGCAACUCCCAUGAGGAAGUUCCACAUUUUGCUGUUUUACAUCUUGGAUUUCCACAGUAAUAUAAAUAAACAAUGUCUUUAUUAA